AUGGCUAUCGGCGACUCGAUGGUUGAGAAAGAGAGGAUCGAGCUGUCCGAGAGCGUCAAGGUUGAAUCCGCAAGUACACUCGACGAUGAGUUGCAAAGAAGUUUGGAGAGAAAGCUCGUCCGUAAGCUGGACGCGACCUUGAUGCCAAUUGUGUGGAUUCUUUACUUUUUCAACUAUCUUGACCGCAACAACAUCGCGCAGGCUAAACUCGGCAACCUCGACAAGGAUCUUGGCCUCAAGGGCAACCAGUUCAACGUUGCAGUCUCGAUCCUCAACGUUGGCUAUGUGCUCAUGCAACUUCCGUCUAACAUGAUUUUGACAAAGGUUCGCCCCUCGAUUUACAUUCCAGCCUGUGCUAUGCUGUGGUCUUGCGUGUCAGCAGCCACGGCUGGCACAAACAAUUACUCCGGGUUGGUCGCCGUGCGAUUUUUCCUUGGUGUCGUCGAGGCGCCAUUCUGGCCGGGUGCCUUCUACAUGCUCAGUGCUUGGUACACGCGAAAGGAACUCGCCCUUCGCACUGCAAUUUUAUACUCGGGUCUCGUUCUUGCCACGGCAUUCUCUGGUCUCAUCGCUGCCGGAGUCUUCGCUGGCCUCGACGGUGUUCACGGACUCGAGGGAUGGCGAUGGCUGUUCAUCAUUGAGUCCGCCGCGUCAUUUGCGUGUGCCUUCGUCGCCAUGUGGAUCUGCGUUGACUUCCCGGAGUCUCGCAGUGGCGCAGGCCAAUGGCUGUUUAGCGAAGAGGAGAAGAAGCUUGCCAUCGACCGAAUUGCGCGGGACAGGGUCACGGCCCCGGUAGACAAGCAGUCAGUAAGACACGGCCUGUGGCUAGCUAUCAAAGACUAUCGCACAUGGGUCUUCUCCCUUAUGCUCUGCAGCAACCAUUCAGCGUACGGCUUCGUCAAUUUCUACCCUACCAUCGUCAAAGGUUUCGGCCUGGGCUCAAGAACCAUCACUCUAGUUUGUACUGCUCCACUGUACCUCAUCGGCGCGCUUAUCUCUUUCGCUGUGGCCUUCAGCUCGGAUCGCAAUAAAGAGCGCGGCUGGCACAUCUCUAUUCCACUCUGCGGUGCCAUUGCCGGCUACAUCGUCACCGUCGCUACCCUGAACGUACCCGCGCGGUACUUCGCCUCGUUCCUCUACAUCGGCGGUUGCUUUGGCUCCAACGCAAUCGUGUAUACAUGGGCAUCAGCGACGCUGAACGAAACGGCCGCGAAACGUGCGUGUGCCACGGCUAUCGUGAACAUUAUUUCUCAAUUCGGCAACAUCUGGUCGCCGUACUUCUUUCGCCCCCAAGACGCGGAUCGAUACAUUCUGGCAAUGCUGUUGAUGAUGGGCUUCUCCGCGCUCAGCGUGUCGACGUGUCUGUUCAUGAAGUGGGAUCUGAGACGGGCGAACGCCAAACUCCGAGAGGAGGCAGACCGUAGCGGUCAAGACGUCAACCUCUACCAACUUUAG